AUGCUUGGGAGCUUGCCAGUAUGGACUUCAAGCGAAGUAAUUAAGUUACACCUACCUGAAGCCUUUAGAGGGCGAUUUGAAAAUGUAAGGUGCAUCAUAGACUGCACAGAGGUUAAGUGUGAAAAACCCCAAGAUCUUCAGAAGCAAAGUGAAUUUUAUUCUGAGUACAAAGCACACAAUACUUAUAAGGGAUUGGUAGGCAUAUCUCCUAAUGUUUGGGUUACAUUUGUAAGCAACCUGUAUGGAGGUAGCAUAUCUGACAGAGAAAUUGUGGAGAAAAGUCACUUUAUUGAUCUGUUAGAACACCCUGAUGUAAUUAUGGCAGAUCGUGGCUUUGAGAUACAGGAUAUUUUAGCAACCAAACAAGUGAGACUGUUCAUCCCACCAAAGAGGCAGUCCAAAAUGGAUCAGUUUUCAAAAGAGGAUUGCUUUGAGACAAUGAGAAUUGCUAAUGUUAGAAUACACAUAGAGCGUGCAAUUAGGCGGGUAAAGGGAUGGCACAUUUUUGACCAAGUACUACCUUUAAGCAUGAAUGGUGUAGUUAAUCAGAUUUGGACUGUAUGUUGUCUGCUAGUAAACUGGCAAAAACCUGCCCUUACAUGCUAA